AUCCUUGAAAUAUAUAUACGUAUUUAAUAUUCAUACAACGUCCCCUUUUUCUUGCUUCUUCCAUGAUAACUUCUCGACCAUUCUAAAUUAAACUUACCCUUUUUUUGUUCUCUUCUUCAAACCAACCAUCCACUCUCUCUCUCUCCUUUCUUAAAACAAGGGCUGCUACCAAAUCUUUGUUCUCGUUUGUCAUCUUCUCAUACCUUUAACAAACUUCAGGGAUAUUUUUAUUGCAGUUUGGGUUUGAGAAGAGAGCUUUCUGGAGGACAUGAAUUUCUCACUUGGGUUUAUAACAACCGCUGAGAUUCCUAGCAAAGAGUUUGGUUGGAUCCUUUCUGUUCUUGCUAGCAUUCUGAUCUGCAUAAUUGUUUAUGAAGUGACAGGAGUGGUUAGCUCUAUACUGUAUAAGGGAUAUGCUAAACUUGACAGUGCACAUAAACUUGAAUGGAACAACAGGGGUAUCUCUACUUUCCAUGCCUUAUUUGUGGCCGUUGCUUCCGUUUAUAUCUUGAUUGUAUCAGAUCUUUUCAAAGAAGGUUCAAAGAAUGAUCUGAUCACAUAUAGGAGAUCUAUUUUGUCUGAUACGGCACUAGGGAUAUCACUUGGUUAUUUUGUGUCAGACUUGGCAAUGAUUCUUUGGAAAUUUCCAGCUUUAGGUGGUAUGGAGUAUGUUUUGCAUCACGGGCUCUCCAUGUUUUCGAUCAUUCAGUCCCUUGUAAUUGGCCAAGCACAAUUUUACGUACUAAUGGUUCUCUUUACUGAGACCACAACUCCGUUUGUGAACUUAAGAUGGUAUCUGGACAUUGCUGGUCAGAAGAAGUCUAAAAUGUAUACCUGCAAUGGUAUUGCAUUGUUCCUAGGGUGGCUGGCUGCAAGGAUUCUUUGGUUUGUCUUCUUCUUCCACCACUUGUUUAGCCAUUUUGAUCAGGUUCAAAAGAUGCAUCCCUUGUGCUUCUACAGCAUCCUUAUCAUACCUCCCGUGUUGACAGUGAUGAAUGUGUUUUGGUUUUGGAAAAUUACCAAAGGAAUCAUAAAGACUCUUACUAAGGCAAAACACAGUGCGUAGACUGUAGUCGUUCUUUUUCCUUUGUGAAUGAUGACUGUUCCUUGUAGCUUAAAUUAGCACUGUACAUUUCGCACAUAUGAUCUGUAUAUACUGUAAUCAGCUAUUCUAGAUAUCAAAAAAAUGUUUAUCA